AGUAGCAAAAAAGGAUCUAGAUAAACUUAAUAAUGAUAUUUUAAGUAUUGGAUCUUUUACCUUAUCAAAUAAACGUAUAAAGCUAAGUGAAGGAAAAAAACAAGAAGUCGAUCAAGAAUUAACCACCAAAGUUUAUGAUGUUGAAAUCGAUGGUAUCACAAAUUAUACUACAAAACAAUCAAUCUCUUUUACAGAUAAACAAGACUUGGAAUUUAUGAUCUCCAUCAGUUCUAUGGAUUCUAAUAGCCUGGCACUAAUAUUUGUCACGUUUAUUCAAGCAAUUAAACCAAGUAUACUUUCUUCAAAUAUGAUACAUACGACAUUUAAAAAUUCUUAG